UUGGGUAUAAAUGGCAAAUACUUUGGAGGAAUUCAUGACGGUAUUCAAACUUUCUUGAGAUCAAAUUACGUAUUGACUUUCAAUUAACUCAUUUAGCGGAUUCGUUCUUCAGGAAUGAUGGAAAAUAAUCAUGGUCUAACUCAUUUGGAAAAGCAUGUCAUGUUCUUUGAUAUCAAUAAUGAUGGAAUAAUUUAUCCUUCAGGAACCUUCCAAGCUUUUAGAAAGAUGGGGCGUGGUAUUUUCCGAUCUAUGUUUGCUGCAGUCCUCAUUCAUAUUACUCUCAGUCACAAGACCCGACCGGGAAAAUGCCCGUCUCUGUUCUUCCCCAUUGUGGUAAAAAAUAUCAAAUAUGCCAUACAUGGCAGUGAUUCUGGUGCCUAUGACUCUGAAGGGAGGUUUGUGCCAGAGAAAUUUGAGGAGAUCUUUAAGCAGCAUGCAAAUCAAAAUGCAGAAUCCUUAACACACAACGAAGUGAAAGAACUUCUCAAGGCUAAAAGAGAACCAAAGGACUACUUCGGAUGGGCAAAUGCUUCUGUAGAUUGGAAUUCUUUAUAUGAUUUAGGCAAAAAUAAGGAUGGCAUACUGACGAAAGAAACCGUAAGAGCUGUCUAUGAUGGAAGCCUUUUCGAGCAAAAAGCAAGAGAGCAUGCUUCAAAGAAGUGACCCUAAUUCCAUAUCCUCGUUUGAUGUACAAUGGUUGUUAAUUAAGUUGUUUUCUUCUGCUGUGAAUAAUACUUCUAUUCUUGUUGUUAAUUUUAUAAUCCUUUUAAUUUCUUCUCACAUCUCAAAAUUUUGAGAUGAGCAAUACAAAAU